GACGUCACGUUGCUCAUUAAUCAACUGUCAGGUGCGACAAUUAUGAGUGUCAUGUCAGAAAAAACUCCGCUCCUUCAUUACCGACUCAGCGCCACGCCUGAUCCCAAAGAUGUGGCAAAAGGCGCAGGGACGCAGUCCGGCAGAGGCUCGAAGGAAACACGGUCCAGAAAGCUCGGUGUGAUGUUUGGAGUGGUUACUCCAACUUUGCUGUCCAUGUUCAGCGUUGUUGUGUUUCUGCGAAUUGGGUUUGUUGUGGGACAAGCGGGACUCUAUCAGGCCGUUGCCAUGUUCCUGGUGGCCUAUUUAAUUAUCACCAUGACGGUGUUUUCAGUGUGUGCCAUCUCUACCAAUGGUGCCCUAGAUGCUGGAGGUGCUUACUACAUGAUCAGCCGAGCCCUGGGUCCAGAGUUUGGAGGCAGCAUCGGAAUCAUGUUCUUCUUUGCCAAUGUUUGUGGAAGUGCACUCUAUAUAUUGGGCCUGGUCGAGGCUAUGUUGUCCACGUUCGGUGUCCCAGAAGCAGGUGAAGCAGUGAUAUCUGGUCCGUAUCAGGUGUUGCCUUCAGGAUAUUGGUGGUCCGUGCUUUAUGCCACCGGCCUUCUCUUCGUGUGUUUCACCGUCUGCUUGGUGGGAGCUCACAUCUACGCCAAAGCAGCAUUUAUCAUCCUGGUCAUUGUCGUGUCAGUCUUGGCGGCCAUCUUCCUUAGUUUCUUCAUUGUUACACCAGUGGUGGUGAUUCUGCCUGCUGCUUCUGUGCUCAACAGCACUGGUCUCAUAUUUGCCAACUUCACUGGGUUCCAUCUUCACACUCUGAAGAACAACCUGCUGCCCAGUUACACAGUAGACUACACGACUGGAGUCACAAUGAAUUUUGCUACAGUGUUUGCUGUCAUGUUCAAUGGCUGCACUGGAAUCAUGGCUGGCUCCAACAUGUCAGGUGAUUUGAAAAACCCCAGCUAUUCCAUCCCCAGAGGAACCCUGGCAGCUGUCCUCAUAACUUUUAUCACCUACAAUCUGCUGAGUCUGCUGGCUGCCAUGUCCUGUGACCGUGUCCUCCUUCAGAGAGACUACGGUUUCAUGGGAGACAUUAAUAUCUGGCCUCCUAUGGUGAAAGUUGGCAUUUACUCCUCCGCUAUAUCUGCUGCGAUGAGUAACCUAAUAGGAGCUUCCAGGAUCCUGUACGCUUUGUCCAAAGACAACCUGUUUGGUGGUGUCCUGGCUCUGGUAAGGAAAACAUCUCCAAGUGGGAACCCCUGGGCCUCGGUGCUGGUCUCCUGGUUACUUGUACAGAUGGUGCUGUUUGCAGGGAAAUUGAACACCAUAGCUGGUAUAGUAACCAUCUUCUUCCUGUUGGUCUAUGCUGCCGUAAAUCUGGCCUGUUUGGCUCUCGAAUGGGCUUCUGCACCAAAUUUCAGACCGUCCUUCCGUUUUUUCACCUGGCACACCUGCACACUGGGCAUCAUUGGCUGCCUGGUCAUGAUGUUUAUGAUCGAUGCUAUUUAUGCUUUUGCCAGCGUUGCCUUUAUGCUGCUGCUGUUAAUGCUCAUCCACUACCUGGGUCCUAUCAGCAACUGGGGCUACAUCAGCCAGGCUCUCAUCUUCCACCAGGUGCGUAAGUACCUGUUAAUGUUGGAUGUGCGUAAAGACCACGUGAAGUUCUGGAGGCCCCAGGUGCUGCUGAUGGUGGCAAAUCCUCGCAGCUGCACGGGCCUCAUGACUUUUAUCAAUGACUUAAAGAAAAGUGGACUCUAUGUCGUGGGUCAUGUGAGGCUGGGGAUACUGGAUGGUUUGCCGUCUGAUCCUCUGCAGAGCCGUUAUGACUCCUGGCUGUCUUUGGUUGAUCAUCUCAACAUCAAGGCCUUUGUCAACCUCACACUGGCUGAGUCGAUCCGGCGCGGCAUUCAGAAUCUGCUUUUUAUCACAGGGUUGGGUGGAAUGAGGCCCAACACCAUUGUUCUUGGCUUCUAUGACGACUGCACCCCCCAAGACCACCUUCAGGGUAAAAUUCUUUUGUCAGUUGGCUCUGGCAUGGAUACAGCAUCUCUUACCAAAAAACCAGGGGAGCAGCGUUGUCCCUUUUUCCCCAAUGUGCGGCUUGCUGAAGAAGCCAAAGACCUUCGCGAAGAGGAAUACGUGUCAAUAAUUGCCGAUGCUGUGAGGAUGGGAAAGAACGUGGUGUUGGCUCGUUACUUUAACGAGUUUGAACGAGAAAAGGUUUUGGGUUUGGGGAAAAAGAUUGCGAGUCCCCAGACUGGUGCGGGGCCCUUUGUUGACAUAUGGCCCCUUAAUCUGCUCCAACCAGACAACCACGGCUACGUCGACAUCUGUUCACUGUUCCUGCUGCAGCUCGCCUGCGUGCUUCAGGAGACACGUUCCUGGAAACAAGCGAGACUUCGACUCUUCCUUUGUGUAGAAGCAGGGGGCAGUCUUCAGGAAAAGGAGGAGACAAAGCUCCGGAUGAUGCUGAAGGAGUUAAGAAUAUCAGCCCAAGUCCAAAUGGUGUCCUGGGACCAGGUUGUAGCGCUGCACUGGCGGAGACGAGAAGGGAGUCACUGUGGGAACCUGGCCGGACGGGAUGAUAUCAAAGUGUUCCCUAACAAUGCUGCUCUGCUCACAGAUGAAUACAUUAUCGCCGUCAACAAUCUCAUCCUGCACCAUGGUGAACCAAAGCCCGCAGUCCGUUUCCUUUACUUGCCCCGCCCCCCUGCAGACACCAGCCUUUACUCUGCCUAUCGUCGCCAUCUUGACAUUUUAAGCCAAGACCUCGGCCCAACACUCCUUAUUCACGGAGUCACUCCUGUAGUCACGAUCGAUCUUUAGAUUUUAAACCAUCUCUUGACCAGCCCUCAGAGGGAAAGAUCUCAGAACCACAACUUUAAUAGAACAUCUGGGAACAUUUCCCUUCAACCACCGAGACAUCACAAUAUAAGGAUCUGAAGUCUGAUAUUAAUAAUGUAGUGUAAAAGACCAACUCUUUUCUCAAAUAAAAGGAAUAAAUGUAGUCUAAAUAAACUAAA